UUUGCCUUUUUCGUGCAUCUAAAAUAGAAGAAGAAAAGUCUGCAGUUGAUUCUAGAACGGCCAAAGCCCUGACCUUGCCUUGACUCGAUCUAAAGAAUAAUCCUUGCCGUGUCCGAGAAACAAAAAAGUUGAAAACUUUCCCCCUUCAAAUCCCCUCUUCAAAUUGUUUCAUCUCUUUCCGAAUCCUGAGCCAACAUUAACAAAUCUUCUCUCGUUCCACUCUUCUUCUGGUUCUCUGGUCUUAACAAGAAAAGUUUAGAGCUUUUGAUUGGGCAGAGAUUAUAAAGAUGGCGAAUGAAGCGGCUGCAUGUGCAGAGAGAGCUACAAACGAUAUGUUGAUUGGUCCUGACUGGGCUAUUAACAUUGAACUAUGUGAUAUCAUCAACAUGAACCCUAGUCAAGCGAAAGAAGCAGUGAAGGUGCUCAAGAAGCGGUUAGGAAGUAGAAACUCUAAAGUCCAGAUUCUUGCUCUUUAUGCGUUGGAGACUUUAAGUAAGAACUGUGGGGAGAACGUGUGUAAGCUUAUCAUAGACCGUAAUGUUUUGACUGAUAUGGUCAAAAUAGUGAAGAAAAAGCCGGAUUUGAAUGUGAGGGAGAAGAUACUAAGUUUGUUAGAUACGUGGCAAGAAGCUUUUGGUGGACGUGAUGGUCAAUAUCCACAGUACUACAGUGCGUAUAAUGAACUCAGGUCUGCUGGAAUUGAGUUUCCACCACGAACGGAAAGUAGUAUGUCCUUCUUUACUCCACCUCAGACUCAGCCCAUUCCAUUAGAUGAAGAUGCUGCUAUUGAGGCGUCAUUGCAAGGAGAUGAUGCUUCUAGCUUCAGUAUGGAAGAGAUUCAGAGUGCUGAGGGAUCUGUUGAUGUUUUGAUGGACAUUCUCGGAGCACUUGAUCCCGCUAAUCCUGAUGGAUUGAAAGAAGAGCUUAUAGUUGAUUUAGUUGAGCAAUGUCGUACUUAUCAAAAACGUGUUAUGACUCUUGUCAACACCACAACAGACGAGGAGCUUCUAUGCCAGGGAUUGGCAUUGAACGAUAACUUGCAGCGUGUUCUUCAGCGUCACGACGAUAUCGCCUCUGUUCCUUUAAAUGAAAGCAGCACAACAACUCCUCCUUCUCCUCCUACAGCUCAGCUAGUCAGCAUCAAUCAUGAUGAUGAUGAAGACGAUGAAUCAGAUGAUGAUUUUGCUCAGCUAUCUCACAGGUCUAAAAGAGAUUCCAGCCCUAUUCUUCCUCCACCACCACCACCUCCAGUACAUUGUACUACUGAGUCGAGUAUGGUGGAUUUCCUUAGUGGUGAUGUCUAUAAACCUCAAGGCUCCUCACAGGGAGUAAAGCAGCAGCAGCCUUCUCCUCCUCAUCCUGCUCCUCCUACUGCUGCUGCUGCUGCUGCGUCGUCUUCUCCGCUAAGAAAAUCUCCUGUGCAACCUCCUCCUGCACCAUGGGAUACUGAGGUUAUCAGGAAUCUUCCACCUCCGCCUUCAAGGCACAACCAGAGGCAGCAGUUCUUUGAGCAUCAUCACCACUCGAGUAGCGGCUCUGAUUCCUCUUACGAUGGUCUUGUUGGACAGACCAGGAACCUCUCUAUGAAUAGCGAAACCAAGAAAGCAGAGGAUAUGCUUUUCAAAGACUUGGUUGAGUUUGCCAAAACUAGGUCAUCCAAGCCCAAACAUUAGGUCGCUUUGAGUCUUUUGCUUGUGUGACAAUCAUUGAUUUAACAAACAUAUGAUAUUACAGUGUGCCUUUUUCUAAGUACAUUUGUGUUACAACCAA